AUGACAGGGAUGUGUGCCUUGGGCAUGCUCCUCUUCCUCCUCCUCUGGGAGUUCUCCCUCCCAGAAAGGAGACAGCCACCCCAUUGGGUCCUUUGCCCCCCCUCUUUUGUGGCCCCCUUCCCCGCGUGUCAGGCCCUCGCGUGGCUCCCUGAUUGGCUUCCCGAGGGAGGACAGACGACACACGCUCCUGGGAAGGCCAAAGCGUGUGCCAAGCGGCGAGGGGCGCGCCCGGCCGCUCUCUCUUUCAAUCCGUGUGAGAGAAGGAGCGUGUGGACGGGGAGGGAGGGAGGGCGGGAGGGAAGGAGGGAGUGGGGCGAGUCCAGCCCCACAGGCGGCCGCCCCACCAGGAAGCCCCGCUUUGUCCCUGAGCCCUAUAUAGAGGCGCCCCCGGGAGCCGCGCGCCCAGCAGUAGCAGCAGCAGCAGCCCCGUCGAGGAAGGAGAGGCGCUCAAGGCACAGCUCCUGCUUCUGCUCACUCAGGAUGUCCCCCAAGACAGUGGCACUGUCCCCAGACUCACAGGGAGAUGGCAGCAGUGAAGGCUCUUCCUCCUCAUCUUCUUCCUUGCCUUCCUCCUCAUCUUCCUCUCCUUCUGUGGCUUCGGGCAGCCUGCCUUCCUCACCCACUCCCUGCCUGCUCCUGCUGGGGCCUGGCCUCUCACCCUCCUCUGCAAGUGUUGGAGCCCCCAAGAAGGCCAAGGGCCGUCGGAUCCGGGUCCCAGAGCCCGGUGAGGGGCCAGCACCCAGCAAAGCCAAGCGGAGUCGCCGCGUGAAGGCCAACGACCGGGAACGGCACCGGAUGCAUGCCUUGAACUCAGCACUGGAUGCCCUACGUGGAGUCUUGCCCACCUUCCCGGACGAUGCUAAGCUCACCAAGAUUGAGACGCUGCGCUUUGCCCACAACUACAUCUGGGCCCUCAGCGAGACCCUCCGCCUGGCUGACCACACUGCCAGGAUCCCCCUCUGCUCCCAGGGCCCUUCCUCCUCCUCCUCUUCUUCUCCUGAUGACACCUUGGCCCUUUGGCCGCCCUGUUGCCAGUGGGAGCCACUCCCUUCGCCUCUCUCAUCAGAAGGCAGCAGCCUCAGCCCCACAAGAGGAGGAGCAGGACCUGUGUGUGUCCAACAAGGGACCCAAGAGGCCUUCCUGGACUUCAUAGAACCCUAGAGUUGGAAGAGACUCCAAGGGCCAUCCAGGGACACAGUAUCCAUGCACUCUCGACCGAUAGCUGUCCAGCCUCUGCUUGAACCUUCCAGAGAAGGAGACUCUAUCACACUCCUAGUGAGCAGCUCUUCCUCUCAAAAAGUUCUUCUAUGUCAAAGUGGAUCCUGUAAUCUGAAUCCAUUGCUUUGUGUCUCUCAGUGUGACAUCCUUUCAACUAUCGAAACAUGUCCUCUCUCAGGCCAUCUUUUCCCCAAGCUAAACAGACUCAGCUCCCUAAAUUCUAGAGCAUGGUUUCCAGACCUUUGAUCAUUUUAGUCACCUAUCUUUAGAAGCAUUCCAGUGGUGCCCAGAAGAAGGGGAUGCUUCGUCUGAGCGGGCACAGGCCAAGACGAGGAUGUCUAUGGGAAUGGGGCUGUUUCUCUGGACGCACUGAGGCAGUCUUCACCCCCUUAAAAGGAGGGAAGAAUGGCCUCCCUUUGGGAUGCUCCCUGAAAAACCAAUUGCCUUAAAAUGAGAAUUCGCCUUCCACUUGUUCUGCACUUUUCUCAAUUCCUUCCUUUGACAUAGGACUGGAGCGAUUUCCCAAGAAUAAUGUGGUAAGAGGGAUUCAUCUCCCAUCAUAUUUAGGCAGCUCCUGUGCCAUCGGGCUGAUGAAUUAAUUCCAGGAAAUGGAGCAGCUGUCCAUGGUGCUGAACCGAGUCUCUAGCUAGACGUUCAGCAACUUGGAUAGCUCUUUGAAUAUGGGUUCAUCCUGGAAAGGCAUGGGAACUGCUUGCUAACUCUGAGCAUUGCCAAGAGUUAGAUGAUGAUGAGAGUUAGAGUCCAAUAAUGUCUGGAAAACACUCUUUGCCCAUCUUCUGACUGGGAAGUCAUAUAUAUAUAUGAACAGCUGGGCUGUUCUCAGCUCUUCCCCUGGGGAAAUUGCUUUUUAUCAAGCUUUCAGAUGCCAAGUUGGGAGCAAGAUGUCGAUCCUCAAACAUCCUCAGUGCAAUCAUGAUUGCAAAUCCAACCUUAGUUUGUAUCACGUUUGUAUCUCUUCAAAACCUGUCUGUCUGUAUUACCAGGUUGGGAUCCAGUUUCUCUGAUCUCUUGCUAUUAGGAGACAAUAUCUUUCGUAGUUGAGGAACAAGUUACAACCCUGCUGUGACAAACAGUGAGAUCCAGCCAUUUCACCAGUCUAAGCCCAGCUCUUGAAACAAGUGAAGACCACUGAACAUGUCCUAGUGAUACAGAAGUGGGAAAGGUUAUCUUUUGGACUACAACUCCCAGAAUGCUGAUAUUGAACUGCCUUUCUCAGAUUCCCACAACCAACAAAGCUAGAGGGAAUCCUUCAAAGCUGAUUGAAGGAUUCUGGGAGAUGCCUAUUUUCACAUCUCCAGUUUUCCUCAUUUAUUCCUUUGUAUUCAGUAUCUUUUUUUAAAAAAGAAAAGGAUUAAUAGGCUAAGAAUGCAGUCCUCUACAGAUUUAGAAAACUAAGCCUUGAGGAAAUGUGCAUUCAGAUUGCAACAUAAUCACUAUUGAAAUACUGAUCCCUAGGACAGUACACUCACCUUAUCUAUAGAUUCAAUAUCAAUAGCUUUCCUUACCCACAUUCUACUUCUUGGGUGUCUGGGUGAGAUAGUUCAGGACAGCAUGAACAGUGUGCCAAGAGUACAAUGUGGGGGAAGGAGCUAGCCAGCCUAUCCUCUUCUCAUUUUAAAACCAAGGUGAGUGAAGGUGCUUCAUAUUUCACCAGAGAAAGGCUGUAGCGCUUCCAUCAAAUGUAGUUAUUUAGAAGUUGUUGGUUCCAGCUGCACUUUGAAGUUUUGGCCUUGGGUUUCUGGAGAGGAUCAGGUAAACCCUUCUGGAAAUAAAUCUAGAAUAUCUACCAUCCCAGAUUCUGUAGGGACUCCAAUGGAUUUAAAAUUCUGUUUAGAAUAAUGGAAUUGUAGAGUUAGAACAGACCAUAAGGGCCAUCCAGUCUACCUCCCAGCUAUGCAGAAAUACACAAUCAAAUAUUUAUAAGCAGGUUUUGAAGGGUGGUUUAACACCUCCUCAAAUCAUCUGGGAAAUAUUCAAGAGCACUUACUGUAGUUUAGUGAUCCCCUUACUCCCUUUAAAUAUCCUAUGCUUUUGUGAUAUGCUAUGUAAUUAUGUACAUGACAACACAGAGGCAAGCUCCAUUGGGUCACAUGAGAUUUCUUCUCUAGACAACACAUACAGGAUUGAAGUUUGGCAAUAAUGGAUAGUGGAUUUUCCUUCUCUAUUUUCCCAUGUGUUUUGAAGGUGAAGUUUACAAUUUGUCUUUGUCUUUGGUGGCAAACUGUGGAGCGGGAGAAGCUGAUGAGAAAACAGAAUGGUGGCUGUCCCAGAUUAAUCAAAUCAUGCAAGGAUGAUCUUGGGUAUAUAUUGACUCAGCGGAAGGUAAAAUGUAUCAAAUUGUGCGGAAAGGUGCCUAAUAAAGCCAGGGGUAGGAAUCAUGAAUGCCUUGAAAUGUUAGACUGCAACCAGUGCUGGCACCAAAAACAAAGAAGUGAACAAAUAAAUACAUUCUGGGACUCUCUAAAAGGGACAAAGUAUAUUUUCUUGUGGAUCCCAUACGUGGGCUAAGUUUUAAUUGCACAUUUUAAAAAGGCCACAGAAAUUGGAGAAAGUGGCUCAUUGUUUGCGAGCCCCUUCACCUUUGAUUAUAUAUCUCCGCAGAGUCAAUGCUACUGAGGGUUUAUGAGAAUUGAGUCCACUAAUAUCUUUGUUCUUACUGAGGAUACCAUCACUUAGUGAUAAAGGACACAUUUUCUCCAGUGAGAAAGAUCCUUUUAAUUUGCAAGUCCUGGACUUUGAAAAUCAACUAUAUUUCACAGGAUCCUCCAGUUUGUAUUACAACUGGCUAUGUUGGAUGAGUAAUUCGGUUGGCUUUAGGUCCAGAAAGUAAUGUUGCAACACAAAACUCUGCCUUAAAGGGACCAAUGCCCAACUCAUUGUAAGGCAGAAGGCUCCUAUAACUAUACACACCUUUGAGAAAAAGGGUAGAAAAAUGUAGUUGCAAUUAAAAUGGCACUGAAAACCUGUAAUUCACUUUGGAAUAAGUGAUGUUGGGAUAGGAUGCGGGAGGAAGAGUCUUUUAGGACUCAUUUCUAUUUUAGGAUUAUUUUUUUAAAAAAACUAGGAAAGUGUGUAUGAGAGAAAGAGAGAGAAAAAGAGGAUAUCAUUAUUCCCCAACUUGGUAUUCUCCAAAUGUUUUGACUAAAUUUCUUUUUAUUCCCAACCACUGUUCUCCAUGCUGAUAAGGGAUGAUGGGAAUAAUUAUCUGACGCAAAUGGUACUGUUUGGAUAAAGAUUGUCUUUGAUGCAUGUUGUAUGAAGCUCUUAUUUUCUAAAUCUGUAAGAAAGAAAUCACUGAUUCUAUUCCUUUUUUGUACUUGGAGGUGGUAAUUUAUAACUUUACUAUUUUGUAUUUAUUGGUAAUAUUUCAGAACAAAUAUAAAUAUAUAAAUAUAUAUAUUAUACGUUUGUUACCUAAGAUUAUAUUUUAUAUGCUUUUUUACUUGAUGAUUGUGAAGAGAAUUAAAAAUGAAGGCUUGUUGGUGGUGGGAAUUAAAUUUUAUUUGAAACAACCAAAAGAGUCUCAUUUGAAGUCUGAUAUAUACAGAGAAAGCUCUGCAUGUGGACAGCAGAAUUCCUUACACCUACAGAGACAUUGUCAUAUAGGAUUUUAUGUAGUCAAAUUGUGCUGAUUUUGGUACAUACCAGAAAAACCUAUUUUGGAGAAGGCGGUGUGUUAUUCUGAUUAAUUCUAAUGAAGCUUUUCCAUGUGUAUGUUUAAUAUGUUGCAAAAAAAGUGUAAUUCAAGUGGUCUCAAGGCUGAUUAUUUCUAUUUUGGGACUCUGACAGAGAAGGUGUAAUGUUUUUUUUAAAGUAACCUAACAAUUGAGAAUGGCAAUAACAUAAAUGUCUUUGGUCAAUAACAUAAAUGCUGUAAAUAAUGAAUAACAGUGGUUCCCAACCUGUGGUCUGUGGACCACCAGUGGUCCCCAAGAACUAAAAUAUGAUCUGCAGCCUCAGCGUUACUACACCAUUGCAACGAGAGCGAUUGGUCUCCCAAAAUCCUCUUAUAGUGCCGAGGCAAUGGGGAUGUGGGAAGGGGAGAGGCUGACUACCCACGAAAGGUACCACAGCAAGGCUUCUGACUGCUGGUUCUCCUCCUCCUCCCUCCCCUGAGUGGAGCCAUUUCAUGUGGCACCUGGAAGCGGGGGCACCAUGGUGUCUUCAUUUUUAGGCUUGUUCUUGGGGUUAUUUGGGGUGCUGAUUCAGAAAAUUGCAUUGGAUAGACCACAUCAGCUCUAGAUUAUGAAAUAUGAUUUUCUGUGGGUGAGCAGAUGCCGACUACUGGAUGGCAUAUGUUUUGAAUCAGAAACUAGAGCUGAUGUGGUCCAUCCAAUGCAAUUUUAUGAAUCAGUACCCCAAAUAACCAGUUUGAAUUGGAAGUUGACCAAAAACUGAUUCGUAACUCUUUUGGUACUAAUGUUGGAGAGUGGUCCCUGGUCAAAGUGGUCCCUUGUCAAAAAAGGUUGGGAACCACUGGUCUAUAACUUUAAAAAAGUCUUUUCAAAGGCAUCUUGGAUUAGGCAUUUCAAGCAACAUGCUGAAUUCUGAAUCAUUUAAAAAUAAUGAUCAGAUAAUAGAAAAGUAAUGAACUGUAGGCCCAGUUACAGUUGCAAAUUGUCAGUUGCAAAUUUUGCAGUGAGUUACACAAUGAAUUACAUUUUGAAAGUAACUUUGCAAACCCUGGGAUCUUUGGAUAGCUGCUAAUUCUCUAGCUGUAUUGCUGCCACACCUCACUUCCCUGAAUCCCUUAUUAUGGAAUUGAAAGGGACACCACUGAAAGCUGCCCACUGAACCUAGUGGCCACAUUAUGUUGUUCUGGGAGAUUAUAAUGGCAGCUGUGAAGUGAUCACUGGAGAACAUUUGCCAUUCUCCCACAUCUGCUUGCUCACUCAUCUUGCCCUAUGAUAGUAGAAAUAAAUCAAGCGAGGAGCUACUGUCUCCUGCCCAUCAACAAGGAAAGGUGGAGAACAGAGGAUCCAUGCAAUACACAGAGGCUAGAUUACACUAUGUAACAUGAUUUUUGUUCCUGGGUUAUAAAUGUCUUUUCCUAGUUGGUUCUGUCAUAAACACAUUUUAAAUAUUGUACUGCUCUUUCAAAAAAAUUUUUUGCACCACAAAUAAUAUAUGUACAGUGUGCAUAGGAAUUCAUGGGGUUUUUUUCAAAUUUUAAUCCAGCCCCCCAACAGACUGAGAGAUCGUGAACUGGCCCUCGGCUUAAAACCUUUGAGGAUCCCUGCAUUAGAGAUUUGUUCAGAGCUGUAUGUCUGACUAUAUGAAUGCAUAUUUCCUAAUCAAAGCACU